AUGGCCAUGGCCGCCUCCAGAUCGCUCUGGGCCUCCCGCGCCGCCUCCUACCUCAAGAUCUCCGCCUUCCCCAGGGCCUUCUCCACCGUGCUGAAGGAUCUGAAGUAUGCUGAAACCCAUGAAUGGGUAAAGGUUGAUGGUGAUUCCGCAACCGUUGGGAUUACAGACCAUGCCCAGGACCAUUUGGGUGAUGUUGUAUAUGUGGAGCUGCCAGAAGUUGGCGCUUCUGUAUCUCAGGGAACAAACUUUGGUGCUGUUGAAAGUGUGAAGGCAACCAGUGACAUCAACUCGCCGGUGUCUGGAGAGGUCAUUGCAGUGAAUGACGAACUACUAGAGAAACCAGCAUUGGUCAAUGGAGAUCCAUAUGAGGGCGGCUGGAUCAUCAAGGUCAAGGUCAGCGAUGCAGGUGAGCUCAACUCACUGAUGGACGACAAGAAGUACUCAAAAUUCUGCGAGGAAGAGGACAGCAAGCAUUAA